AUGGCCUCUCCCUCAGGAUCCUCCCUCCUCCUCGCCCGUUACUACAAAGAUAUGACCAAAGGCCAGGCCGCGAAGGACCUUCCUGGCGUCUCCGUCGGUCUCGUCAAUAGCAAUGUCUUCGAGUGGGAGGUCAUGCUCAUGAUCAAUGACGAUUGCAAGUACUAUGGUGGCGGCUUCUUCCGCGCCCGUCUCACCUUCCCGCCAAACUUCCCCGACAUGCCGCCCUCCAUGACGUUCCAGAACCCGAUCCCCUUCCACCCCAACAUCUACCCCGACGGCAAGCUGUGCAUCUCGAUCCUGCACCCGCCAGGCGAGGAUGAGUUCGCGUACGAGGAGGCAUCAGAGAGGUGGAGCUCCGUCCGCAGCCCCGAGAGCAUCCUCGUCAGCGUCCUGAGUCUGUUCCAUAGCCCGAAUACCGAGUCGCCCGCCAAUGUCGAGGCCGGCAGGUUGCUGCGAGAGGACACCAAGGAGUUCAGGAAAAAGGUGCGCGUGUGCGUGAGGCAGAGUCAGGAGGAGAGUUUUUAA